AUGGCAAUGAUUUCUCCAGAAGCCACAGUCAAUGGUAUCAACAGCAGCAACGGCAAGCUGAUUGCGCCAGAGAAGAUAGCACAUUUUGGCCUGCGAACAACGCCUGAGAAUUUCGAAAAGAUGGUUGACUGGCAUCUCAAAUUCUUCGCUGGAAAGGUAGUCCUCAAAACGGACCAUGCUGCGUUCAUCAGGUUUGACGAUGAGCAUCAUCGGAUCGUGAUUAUUGCGGAUCAAGGGCAUCAGCAGCCCCCAGAUAAGCGAGCGGCAUGUGGCAUCUAUCACAUUUCUUUUGCUCUUAAUACGCUUGAGCAGCUGGCCACGAGCUACGAGCAGAAGAAGAAUCAGGGAAUUGUGCCUCACUGGCCUGUCAACCACGGAAUCUCUACUUCAAUGUACUAUUUCGACCCAGAUAGGAACGAAUUCGAGUUUCAGGUCGAUAAUUUUGACACCGCGGAGGAGGCUCAUGCCUUUAUGGCCACAGAUGAAUUCGCCUUGAACCCUAUUGGAGUGGAUUUUGUGCCUGAGGACUUUGUUCAGCGAGUAAGGAGUGGAAGUGAAACAGAUCAAGAGCUCAAGAGAAGGCCCAUCAUUGGCAAGAGAGGAACUCGAUGGGAAAAUUCACUAUUCUUCAAGGAGGAGAAUAAGUGGGAUAACUAG